UCCGGUUCCCGCUCCGGCUCCCGUUCCGGUUCCCGUUCCCGGUGCCGCUGUCGGUCCCCUUCCCAUUCCCAUUCCCGUUCCCGUUCCGGUUCCCGUUCUCGUUCCCGUUCCCGGUGUCGCUCCCGAUGUCGUUCCCGUCCCCGCUCCGGUUCCCGCUCCCGUCCCGGUCCCCGCUCCGGUCCCUGUUCCCGGUGUCGGUCCCGUUGCUCCUGGCCGCUCUGCUGUCGGUCCGGUUCCCAUUCCCGUCCCGGUUCCCGGUGUCGGUCCCGUUGCUCCUGGCCGCGCUGCUGUCUCUCCCCGCCCCGUGCCGCGCUCUCUCGUCCUGCCGCUCCCUGGACCUGGAGGCGGCGCGGCUGAAGCGCAUCGAGGCGGUGCGGGGGCAGAUCCUCAGCAAGCUCCGGUUACCGGCGCCGCCCCCGGAGCCGGGCCCGGUGCCGGCGGCGCUGCCCGAGGAGGUGCGGGCGCUGUACAACAGCACCCGGGAGCUGCUGCGGCAGCGCGCCCGGCGGCGGCUGCGCGGCGAGGAGCCGCGGGACUACUACGGGCAGGAGCUGCUGCGGUUCCCCAUGGAGAGCCCCGCGCACGGGCACCCCUCGUGCCUGCAGUUCUCGCUGGCCAUGGCGGCGGCCGCGCGCUCCUACCGCUGGCAAUGCAUCGAGUGCAAAUCCUGCAGCCUCUGCGGCACCGCCGAGAACGACGAGCAGCUGCUGUUCUGCGACGACUGCGACCGCGGGUACCACAUGUACUGCCUGAGCCCCCCCAUGGCCGAGCCCCCCGAGGGGAGUUGGAGCUGCCACCUGUGCCUGCGGCAGCUGAAGGAAAAGGCCUCGGCCUUCAUCACCCUCACCUAGGGGGGCCCAAAAACCCCCAAAAAACCCCAAAAACCCCCCAAAAAACCC